CGGGCGGACCGGACGGCGCUGGAGCAGCCGGGCGCCCCGGGAAGAUGGUGGACCACCUGGCCAACACGGAGAUCAACACCCAGCGCAUCGCGGCCGUGGAGAGCUGCUUCGGGGCGUCGGGCCAGCCGCUGGCCCUGCCGGGCCGGGUGCUGCUGGGCGAGGGUGUGCUGACCAAGGAGUGCCGCAAGAAGGCCAAGCCGCGCAUCUUCUUCCUCUUCAACGACAUCCUGGUGUACGGCAGCAUCGUGCUCAGCAAGCGCAAGUACCGCGGCCAGCACAUCAUCCCGCUGGAGGAGGUGACGCUCGAGCCGCUGCCCGAGACGCUGCAGGCCAAGAACCGCUGGAUGAUCAAGACGGCCAAGAAGUCCUUCGUCGUGUCGGCCGCCUCCACCACGGAGCGCCAGGAGUGGAUCAGCCACAUCGAGGAGUGCGCGCGGCGGCAGCUGCUGGCCACGGGCCGCCAGCCCGCGACGGAGCACGCGGCGCCCUGGGUGCCCGACAAGGCCACGGACAUCUGCAUGCGCUGCACGCGGACGCGCUUCUCGGCGCUGACGCGGCGCCACCACUGCCGCAAGUGCGGCUUCGUGGUCUGCGCCCAGUGCUCCCGCGAGCGCUUCCUGCUGCCGCGCCUGUCGCCCAAGCCCCUGCGCGUCUGCGGCCUGUGCUACCGCGAGCUGGCGGCCCAGCAGCGCAGGGAGGAGGCCGGGGAGCCGGCGCGGGGCUCCCCGGGGCAGCCGGCGCGCCUGGAGGGGGCCGCGUGCGGCGCGUCCAGCGGGGACGACGACGACUCGGACGAGGGCAGCGGGGACGGGGACUGGCCCAGCCGCGUGCAGUUCUACGCCGCGGGCGUGUCCUGGUCGGCCUUCCACAGCUGA